AACAUGUUACUCUUCCUGUCCCUUACCCUGGCAUGUUUCUCCGCGAGUGUAUCAGUGGACUGUGAUAUAAACUACGAGAGGCAGGACAUAGAGAACUCUCUAGAUUACGUGUGUACUCAUCUUACUAACAAGAAGACAUCCUUCACUGACGAGGAUAUACUCAAGCAACUAGCACUACUAGAGACUGAGGCAGAAAGCAAUAACGUGGAGGUGGAGGAAGAGGAGGAAGAGGAGGAGAGUGAGACACCCCCCUGGGUAACCACAGUAGAGACAGCAACUGCCACAGUGCUGCUGACUACCACAGGUUUUGAGACCUACUCAGAUGAAACAGAGACCUACUCCACACCCUUUAUAACAGAUGAAACAGAGACAUACUCCACACCCUUUAUAACAGAUGUAACUGACACUGCAACCACCUCGGACAUGUUCACUUAUGAAGAGUCCACCUCGCCUGUAACAGCUCCCUUUAAUUCAACAACAGAUGACUAUUGGACUAUUGGACUGUCCACUUCGCCCCCGAAAGGACUUCUAAACCAGGUAGACGUAGGAUGCCAACUAGCGACAGUGACAGUAGACGGUAACAAUAUCUGGCUUCGUUGCGAAGGAGGAACAGCAGUUGUGAAGCUCAGCACAGAGAACAAUGGAAUACCUUCAGUAGAGUGCUGUCCGCUAACCAACUAGUUACACAUUACCUUAUAUAUGGUCAUUUUGUUAUGGUUAUAUUACCCUUAUAUGGUAAUGUCUUGCUGUGAUAAAAUUACCUUAUAUGGUUAUGUUUUGCCUGUUACAUUUGACUGCAUUUCUCGCCUAAGGGGAACAUUGGGUUAAAAGUUUCUUAAUUUGGGAAUUUAUUUUAUUUUUCUUUAGUUAUUUUGAUUGUCUUUUUUAUAAUAUGUGAUUUAAAACUGGUUUUAUUCUCAUCAUGUACAUACGGUCCAGACGCCACGAACUUACAUAAGUUAUUUUCUUAAUCUGUUGUAUUUCAAGUUUAUUAGAUUACUGUUAUUGCUUGAUAAAUUCAAUGAUUGUUUUAAAAUUUACUGGAAGAA